AUGGGAAACGCUGUGGCGUACAAGCGAAAUGUUACGAAGCAGCAGAACCGGAAAAAACAGCUCGAACACUGCCUAAAGUCCAGGGAACGCGUGUGCUUCAACAACAAUCUCGACCCCAUCGACCUGAAACGGCUGGAUAGGGGUGAAAAUCAUGCCGGAACUUCAGCUGAUUCCUAUGUCCGACUGUCCGUUGGUGGGAAGUCCUAUUGCGUCAGAACCGAGCUCUACACUCCAGAAGAGACGCGGAUGCACCGAUUUGUCGCGAGUGGGCAUGAAGAGCGGCUACAGCUCUGCGAUGGCUACGACCCCGCCACCGGCGAGUACUAUUUUGAGCGCAACUCAAAGCUGGCCGACCAUUUGAUGGAUUAUUUUGCGACAGGGUCCCUCCAUCGGCCGAGCAACGUCUGCAUCGAGCGCUUCAAGGAGGAGCUGCUGUUCUGGGAGAUUGGGUUGGAUCAGAUGGCCGCCUGCUGCACGAUCAUCACCCCGCCCGACCCGAGCUUGCUUGCCGCCAAGAAGAAGGGGAUGAUCGCCGUGCCCGACGACGACUUCGAGCCGAUUUUCGAUGGGGUGCUUCUCGGACGAUUCCGGCUAACGCUCUGGCGAUUCCUGGAAGACCCGCAAUCCUCCAUCCCGGCCGCCGUCUUUGCCCUCCUGUCCGUCAUGUUCGUCUUCGCCAGCGGCCCAGCCGCGCACAAAUUUGCCGCCGCUAUGGAAAACCCGUUGUACCCGAAUUUCGUGUAUCGUGCUACCGACAAUCCGAUGGCUUUCCUGGUGAUGCUCGAGUACAUCUGCAUCGCGUGGUUUACGUUUGAAUACGCGGUCAGGCUUCUCGUCUAUCCCAAACGAUGGGAAUUCGUCCGCAAGACCCUCAACCUCAUCGAUCUCCUCACCAUCCUCCCAUUCUAUAUGGAGCUGUGCCUCCCCCUCGCCGGGGUCCACUCCGGGAAGCUCAAGGAUUUGACCGGCGCCAUGCUGGUGAUCCGGGUGUUGCGCGUGCUGCGGAUGGCGCGCGUCUUCAAGCUGGCCAGAUACAGUACCAGCUUGCAGACAUUCGGCCACACCCUCCGCUCCUCCAUCACCGAGUUGUCGAUGUUGUCGAUGUUUCUCCUCACCGGAAUCGUGUUUUUCUCAACGAUUAUGUACUAUCUCGAGCGGGACGAACCGAACACUGAUUUCUACAGUAUCCCCGCCGGGUGCUGGUGGUGUGUGGUCACGAUGGCCACGGUUGGAUAUGGGGACGCUAAGCCGGUUACGACAGCCGGAAAACUCGUUGCUACCACCACGAGCAUCUGCGGCAUCAUCGUGCUGGCCUUCCCGAUUUCCAUGAUCGUCGAGAAAUUUGCAUCCGCCCAGCAGAAGGCCAUUGAGGACACGCAGCUGGCGCAGGCCCAAAUGUCAGCCGCGGCCAAUAACGCGCUGCUGCGCCGCUUCCCGACGCGGCGGCGCCCGCGCGCGAAGCGCCCCAGCGACGCCCGGCACGACAGUCUGCUGAGUACGGUGGCC